UUUACCACGCCAUGACAACCACCACCCUCAAGCGCCUCGCAGUCGCCCGUCAAACGUCGUUCUCAGACCUCAGCUGCACCAUCCAAGGCACGAGCAUCCGCAGAAGUCGGCGGUCCUUCGUGCCUUUCUCUUCCACGCACGUCGUGUUUCUCCUCAAAGUGACCAUGCCGAGCCGGCGAUCGUGGCAACUGCAAUGCACGCUGCGUGAUGUAGUCCAACUCCAUCGCCACUUGGCUCAAUCCACGGACGACGCCGCCUUCAUAGCGUCCUUGGCUGCGCUGCAGUGCCCGAAACGACCGCUAUUUCGACAGACGAAUGCGCUAGUGGUCAAGAGCAUGUGCUGCGAGUUAGACCACUACCUGACCAAUCUGCUCAAGGUGUGCCAAACCUUCGCCGUGUCGUCGACAGUCCCAUCGGCCAUGGCUGUUGAAGCCACAAUGCGCACGUUUUUCGACCCGUCAGCCGCGGCGAAACCCAAACCCGCUGCGACAAAGUCCUAGUCCACUACAGUUAUCACGGAUCCAACUAUUUACACUGUUAACGUGACCAUUAUUCUAUCUACUA